AUGUUGACAAGUGGAUGGACACUGAAUGUGCACGAGUGUGAGGCCGUGGGGCUUCUGAGGGCUGCAGUCACAGGGCGGGUCCCCCUUCUAGCAGUUCGUUCCUCCAGGGACCCCACCCGGCUCUCACAGGAGGACGGGGAAGAAGCCAAGGAAAGCCCUACCCUGGUGCCAGCUGGGACUGGGGAGCAGCCGCUGCCAAACCCUCCGGGGCCCAGUCCCCUCUCCCUGCAGAACAAAAGGCUCCCGCUUAAGCAGGGGACUCACCAAAGCCAGCCAGAGGGGAUGGGAGCUGUCCCCAUGCAGCCGGUCUGGAGCCGAGAUCAAGUCCCUCUGUCCUUUGUUAUUUGGGAGGCAGAGUCAAGAAGGCCUCCCCUUGGACAGAAAGAUUGUAGGGAUGGUUCCUUGCUCAGAAGUCCCACCUCGGCAUCUUCUACUGGAAGGACAGAGCUGAGGGGAGCCCACACAGCCCUGGCCACACCUGUGGCUGUUGCUCCAGUGCUGGAAAGGAUGCCGCUCAGGAAGUGUCCUGGGUCAGCCAGGAAGCUUUACCCACGCUGCCUCACGCCCAGGCCUGCUCUGACACUCAUCAGCCAUUUGAGCAUUCCCUUCUGCUCCUGUCCCUCUGAGAGGGAACCUGACAGCUCCAUGGAACUUGGCAACGUGACCACCGUCCCCACGUUUGUUCUCCAAGGACUGUCCGACAACCCUCAGGUCCAGGCUGGGCUCUCCGUGCUCUUCCUGGCGGUUUACCUCCUGACCCUCACGGGGAACCUGACGCUGCUGCUGGUGAUCAGGGCUGAUUCCCACCUCCACACGCCCAUGUACUUCUUCCUGAGUCACCUCUCCUUCCUGGAUGCUUUCUAUUCCUCAGUCAUUGUACCUAAGCUGCUGCAGAACCUUCUGUUCAAGUGGAAGACUAUAUCCUUCAUCGAGUGUUUCAUGCAGAUCUCCCUGGUCUUGUUUUCUGGGGCCACUGAAGCUUGCCUCCUUUCAGUCAUGGCCUACGACCGGUUCCAGGCUGUGUGUCACCCGCUGCUAUAUGUGGUGGCUAUGAACAGAAAGGUAUGUACUGGCCUGGUGGGAGCAUCCUGGGCCAUAGGAAUGGGGACCAGUCUGGUGAACACCAUCCUCCUGGCUCAGCAGCACUUCUGUGGCCCGAACCUCAUCCGUAGUUUCGCCUGUGAGCUUCCCCCUGUGCUCGUGUUGGCCUGUUCAGACACCUCCAUCAGUGUUGCCUCCAUCCUGACCACCAUGGCAGUCCUGGGCCUUGGCACCCUUGUCCUGUUGCUGGGUUCCUACACCCGCAUCAUCAUGACAGCUCUGGGCACCAACUCUGCCGUGGGCUGGAGCAAGAUCUUCUCCACCUGCUCUUCUCAUUUUCUUGUGGUCGCCAUCUUUUACGGUUCAGGAGUUUUCAGGUACAUGACUCCUGCAUCAGGCUCCGUCCUGGAGCAAGUGCUCUCCGUGCAGUACAGUGUGGUGACCCCACUGCUAAACCCCCUCAUCUACAGUCUGAAGAACCGGGAGGUGAAGGCGGCUCUGAGGAAGAUGCUGGCCAGGAGGCCCAGGCUUCCCUUCUAG